AUGCCCAGGGAGAUCAUCACGGUUCAGGCAGGCCAAUGCGGCAACAGCAUUGGCAGCCAGUUCUGGCAGCAGCUUUGUCAGGAGCACGGAAUCGGUCAGGAUGGAAAUCUCGAGGACUUUGCAACCGAGGGUGGCGAUCGCAAAGACGUCUUCUUCUACCAAAGCGACGACACUCGGUACAUCCCGCGGGCCAUCCUGAUCGACCUGGAACCCCGCGUCAUCAACGGAAUACAGACCGGCCCUUUCAAGAACAUAUACAAUCCUGAAAACUUCUACGUUGGCAAAAAUGGGGUCGGCGCCGCAAAUAACUGGGGUGACGGAUACCAGACAGGAGAAACCGUGUGCGAAGAUAUCCUGGAGAUGAUAGACCGCGAAGCCGACGGCAGCGACUCGCUCGAGGGUUUCAUGAUGCUGCAUUCAAUAGCUGGUGGAACGGGUUCCGGCCUGGGAUCCUUUUUGCUUGAGCGGUUGAACGACAGGUUCCCAAAGAAGAUCAUCCAGACAUACUCUGUGUUUCCAGACACGACUAAUGCCGGAGACGUCGUCGUGCAUCCCUACAACAGUAUGCUGGCGAUGAGGCGGUUGACGCAGAAUGCCGACUCAGUAGUGGUUCUCGACAACGGGGCGCUUUCUCACAUCGCGGCCGACAGACUACAUGUGCAGGAGCCGUCUUUCCAGCAAACUAACCAGCUUGUUUCAACCGUCAUGUCUGCCAGCACAACAACGCUGCGAUACCCAGGCUACAUGCAUAACGAUCUCGUCAGCAUAUUGGCCUCCCUGAUUCCCACACCUCGUUGUCAUUUCCUGAUGACCGCGUACACACCUUUCACGGGCGACCAAGUCGAGCAAGCCAAGACGGUGCGGAAGACGACGGUACUCGAUGUCAUGCGGAGACUGCUACAGCCCAAGAACAGGAUGGUCUCGACCGUACCAGGCAAGAAGAGCUGCUAUAUCUCUAUCCUCAAUGUCAUCCAGGGCGAGGUAGAUCCGACAGACGUACACAAGAGUCUCCUCAGGAUUAGGGAACGCAGACUGGCACAAUUCAUCCCAUGGGGCCCCGCCAGCAUACAGGUGGCCUUGACAAAGCGUAGCCCUUACAUCCCAAUGAGCCACCGUGUGAGCGGCCUCAUGCUGGCAAACCACACAAGCAUUGCAACUCUGUUCAAGAGGAUAGUCAGGCAGUACGAUGGCAUGCGGAAGCGUAACGCAUUCAUGGAGGGAUACAAGAAAACGGCCCCAUUUUCUGACAACCUUAACGAAUUCGACGAGUCCCGAGAAGUGGUGGCCGACUUGAUUGCCGACUACGAAGCCGCUGAAAAUCCAGAUUACCUCAAUCCCGACCUAGGCGAGAAGGCCACCUCGGCAGAGACUGACAAACGUGUUGCCUAA